UUUCGAAGCUAGCUUAUUGGACAAAAAAGGGUUUGUAUUCUCUCUGAGUUCACCGUAAUAUCUUUUUAUCCUGAAGCAUUUGGUGACAAAGUAAAAUGGUACGACAUUGAAACUGGAUUGGCUGAGGCAAAGAAAAGUCACAUGGCUGCAAUGCUUAUAUUCCAUAACAGUUGGUGCAGUUUUUCUAAAGCUUUCGGGAGAAUCUUCAGUGAAUCCAAUGACGUCAUUAAACUAAGUAAAAAUUUUGUCAUGAUAUCAGCUGAGGAUCACAGUGCUGCUUCGGAUCCUGAAUACGACCUUGAUGGACAGUACACUCCUCGCGUUUUCUUCCUGGAUAAUAAAGGGAAGGUUCGAAGUGACAUCAACAACACAGAUACGGAAUUUCCGCUAACCAAGUUUUAUUACAAGACUGCAGAUGAAAUGAUCAAAGCAAUGCAGACAGCCAAGGAGGCAAUUAACGUAUCUCUGUCAAGAGGAUUUGGAGACUACAUCGAGUGGUAUACAUUAGCAAAGGGUAAAGAAGUUGCCAAAGAGCAAAACAAACCAAUGAUGGUCAUUAUCCAUAGAACAUGGUGCUCUGCUUGCAAAGCGCUGAAACCAAAUUUUGCCGAGUCAUAUGAUAUUUUUGAGCUCAGUAAAAACUUUAUUAUGGUCAAUAUUGAGGACGAUGAAGAACCAGAGGACACACAAUUUGUAGUUGAUGGCGGAUAUUAUCCUAGGGUCUUUUUCUUAGACCCAACUGGCGUCGUCGUUAAAGACAUUCACAACGAAAACCCUGCUUUCUUGAAAUACAAAUUCUCAUUUAAUGAUGUCGAUAGCAUUGUUCUCGCAAUGAGAAAUGCAAUGAAAUUCUUCACAAGACAAGGAAGCAUUCCAAUCUACGAAGCUCAUGCAACCGCUGGUGAUAACAUCCCAUGGGUAAAAUACGACCAUGCGUUGCAACUUGCCAAGAACGGCAACAAGCCAAUAUUUUUGUUGGUGCACCGCUCAUCCUGCCCAGCAUGCAAAGCUGUUCAUCGUAUGUUGAUAAGAGAUGAGACGUUCAUGGAGAAAACAAAGGAUUUUAUCAUGGUAGAAAUCGAGGAUGACACAGACACAGAACUGGCUGAUAAAUUUGAUGUCGAUGGCACUUACGUUCCUAGAAUUUACUUCCUCGAUGUUGAUGGGGAAAUAAUGAAAAAAAUAUGGAACGUAGGAACCCACUAUCAAGAAAACAAAUUUUAUUAUUAUGAAACAGCAUCAGUGAUUCGAGCUAUGGACAAGGCAUUAAACAAAGUCAAAGAAAUGUCGAACAGGAAACCCGACGUAAAUGAAAACGAAGAGAAGGACACAACACAAAAGAAAGAUGAAUUAUAAUAUAUUUUAUUUAAUUCGAGUAAUGGAAUUUAUGGAUAUUUCUAGAUUGAAGAUUUAUGGGCCACAAAACAAAUAAAUUGUUGAGUGUUAUCAAAGUAAACUGAACGUAUGCACAAAAAGACGCGCAACUUGUCGCUCAGCAACAAAUCCAAAGAAUCUAUUUUCAUUUUGAAUCAUGCAACAGA